AUAUGCACAGGAUGAACUACACCCGAGGCAGUCGCUCUGUGGAGUGCCUCAAUCUGAAUCUGGGCCUGGGACUACGCGAGAGCGAUCUGCUGUCUGGCCAACUGUCGGCGGGCAUUUUCCGGCAGCGCCUCAGUGCAGCAGAGAAUCUCUACCAGCGCAACCUGACCGGCCACUAUGGGUGUGUCAAUGCCUUGGAAUUUAGCAACGGUGGACAGUUCCUCGCCUCAGGUGGGGACGACAAGCGGGUGCUGCUGUGGAACAUCGACCAGGAGGUGAUGUCCGAAAUGGGACGGCCGCAGGUCAUGAACGAGACGCACACCAGCAACAUCUUCUGCCUGGGCUUCGACACCCUCAAUGCACAUGUGUUUUCCGGUGGCAACGAUGACCUGGUCAUUCAACAUGAUCUUGCCACCGGCAAGCUCUUGAAUUACUUUUCACAUGGAGGACCCGUCUAUGGGCUGAGCGUGGACCGGACCAGCGUCCAUCUAUUCAGCGUGGCCACUGAGAGCGGCGAGGUCCUGUUCUAUGACCUGCGUGUGGGUAACUACGAGCCCCUGACUGUGGCCAAAUUCCGUUCCCCGUUUAAUGCCGUCGAGUUUCAUCCGCUGAAUGGCAACUUCCUGGCCACGGCCAAUGCCAAGCGCGGCGCCAUGCUCUGGGAUCUGAGGCAUCAUAAUCAUCCCCUCUGCCAGUUCAACUAUAUCCCGGAAUCGCCCAGCUGCAUGAGUGUGCGUUUCAAUUGCAGUGGCAGCCUCCUGCUCACCCUGCACCGUCGACUGCCACCUAUAUUGUUCAGUCCCAACUCGCCGGAGCCUUUGGGGACCUUCUACCAUGACGAGUACUUUAACUCGUGCACCAUGAAGAGCUGCACCUUUGCAGGCCCGCAGGAUGAGAUGGUUGUGUCCGGCUCGGAUAACUUUAACAUGUUCAUUUGGCGGAUGGAUGGUGUGGAUUUGGAGGAAAAGAAUCAAUGGAUUGACACGCCCCCCAUUAUCCUGACCGGCCAUCGUUCUGUGGUCAAUCAGGUGCGCUUCAAUCGACAGCGCUGCCUGCUGGCCUCUUCUGGUGUGGAGAAGAUUAUUAAGCUAUGGAGCCCUUUUGAACAGCAUGGCUGGGAGGGAUCGCUGAUGUAUCCGCCAGCCAAGCCCUACUGCAACCGCACCCUGCACAACAACACCACGGAGCAUGUUAUACAGGACUUUAGCUCUUGCGACACUGACGAGGACCAGGCGAUGCUGGCCUUCUUCGAUACUUUGGUGCAACGGGAGCUGGAAUCCUGGAACACCAAUGGCAAUCAUACGAGCAGUGACAGCACCUCCUCUAGCACAUCCUCAGAGCGCAGCGAGGCUGGGGCCAGCUCGGCAUCGGAGGAGGAGCCCACCGAUGAUGAGGACGAUACCCCCAACGUCAGCGAGCUCUCCUGGCAGACGCAUCCUAAUCGCAUCUUCUAUCUGAUCGCCAAGAAGCGUCGCGCUCUUUUGCAAAUGGCUGUAAAGGGCACUGGGGGCCAGCAGCGCAGUGUGGAAGAGCUGCUGGCACGACUCAAUGGGGAGCAGAAGCAGGCGGCCACCGCGGCCCGCAUCAGCGACUGGCUGGUCGAGACACAUCGCCUGUUUGGGGACGAUGAGAUGCCCACCACUUCCGCCGAGGCUGCAGCCCGCGAGCAGCGUCGUCGCGUCUUCGAUCAGCUCUCCCGUAGUCCCCGCAAGCCGCCUGUACUCAAAAUAGCAGAUACGCUGCAAAUGGAGCAGAUGGAGCGCAAAAGGAAGUUGAUUCGUGAGCGCUUUGCCGCCAGAAAGCGGCACCGCCCCGCCGCACGGCCACGAUCCAGCGAUCUGGAAAAUGACAGCAUCGAAGGAUUCGAGGAGGACCCCAACAAUUCGUCUGAAGAGGAGGAGGAGGAUGCCGAAUCUGAGGAUAACAAUAAUAAUAAUGGCACCGAUGGCAUUAACGAAGCUACGGCUAUGGCUGUGGCUGUGGCUGUUGAUGAUGACACUGAUGACUCAUUGUCCACGUCCAUGACCUCCAUGGAGGCCCAACUUUCGCAGGCUCCCAGCACAUCCAGCUCGUAUCCGUUCCUCGUGGAAACCGAGGCCAAUAACAACAACCAAAUGGCUUCGAACAACAACCACAAGCCACCUGCCGCUGCCAAUGGAUCGACUGUGGAUAUGUGCAACACGGAGUCAUCAUCCGCCUCCGCCUCCGCAUCCACAUCCUCGUCCACAUCGAACUGAGAUCGAUCGUAUAACUAAACUUAAGUUACACUACAUGUAAAUUUAAAUUAUCUUUUGUCUUCAGAAGAAGGGUCCAGGCGAAGGGCCAUGGGGCAAUGGGGCCAUGGGGCCAUGGAGGUUCCUUCGAUAUCUAUUGUAUAACCAUGAUCUGGGGUGAUCUCCAAAACUCACACAAAUUGAAUAUUUUUCGUUUUGCAAAAGAAAUCUGAAUAGCUUUCUGAGAAAGUAUUAUCUAUUAUCAUUAUUAAAACAUAAAAACCACAACUUGUAUUCCUUUUUUAAGAAACUGGAAAAGAACUCGAGAGUUUUUUUUCUAAAUGAAAUGCAAAUUCUGAAACAUUUUGU